UUUUUCGUUUUUAUUUCAACUUUACUAUUUUAAUUUAAAUUCGUUUUAAAAUCAAACAAUUUUGUUAUUUUAUAUUUGUACAUUUUUCAAAAACCGAAAAGGGCCCAGAUUCCACUCUAAUGUUUAACUAUUGUACUAAUUAGCUAAUUGUAUAAAUAUCCGCUGUUAUGUACUUUAAAAGUACUUGCCAAACACCCUGUAAUAUAUACCGCAACACACUACUCAAGGAUUAAAUCCCAGCCACGAAUCGCAACCUAGCCCCUAUGGGUUUGGAGGAAGUAGAAACAACUCCAAAUGAACCCCUGCCUUCUGAAAUUUUAAGUCCCGAAGAGGCUCAAAAAAAUGAAAUCAGCCAAGUCUCAGAUUCCUUCGAGAAUCUCAACUUCGUUGACCGAAACAUCACGGACCUAAAGAGGGAAUUAAGUUCAAAAGACAAAGAGGAAAUAACUCUGGACGAUAAUAAUUUAGUUGAAGCUGAUACAAAUCAGGAUAAAACAAGCAACUUAGAGGCUCAAAAUCCUGAAAAUGAACGUGAUACUGAACCUCCACCAAAACCGGUUAACCCCCAAAAUAUACCUCAGGAACACUUCAAUUACGGACUCGAGGGGAUUUUCGACGCAAUGAAGUCCUAUUUCACGGAUAAAUCACCGUUCCUUCCCACCGGAAAAUUAGAUACCGAAGCUCUCAAACAUAAACUCCUUCAAGAUACGUCUGAUCCUGAGGAUUCGUUGGAUGAGGAAUCGAUUUUUUUCGACAGAUUUGUACAUAAAUUAAAUUACGGCCAAACGCUAAAUUUUCGGACUGGAAACGUCUCAAAACUGUCACUGGAGACUCUGUUCUACGUGUUCUACAAUGUGCCCAGAGACAACAUCCAGAGCCUAGCCUCAAUUGAACUCUACAAAAGGCUCUGGAAAUACCACGAAUCCAACAAACUGUGGUUCAAACAUGAUCAAAAAAAAUCGUUAUGGGUGUAUUUUGACCCGGCGACUUGGGGGAUACGUAGUUACAAUGUGACGCCGGAGGUGGAAAACGCAUUAUUGUCAAGAGCUGAGAUGGAAAAGAAACUUGAAACACAAGAAUAGCAAUAACUUUCUACUUUAAACCAUUAAUUUCAUCAUCGCCAUCAAUUUUUCAACGCGAUUCUUUUACACAAAUUCAUUCUACUUAUUUUUAUUUAUUAUAAUUAUUAUAUUGAUGUUGAAUUGAGUGAUAAAAUGU